GACAAUACGUAUUUAUUGAGGCAUCAGCUCCAAGAAAGCCUGGAGGUAAAGCUGAUCUUAAAAGUUUAAAGUUUGCCCCUACCCAGCCUAAAUGUGUGAAUUUCUGGUUCAACAUGCAUGGUAGUAACCUUGGAAGCCUUAGUGUGAAAGUGGUACCAGCAAAUAAUACCAACAGUAGUACAACAAUAUGGCAAUUAGGACAAGACAAGGGCACAGCAUGGAUCAAUGGACAAGUUGCCUUCUCAAGCAAAGUGCCGUUCUAUAUUAUAUUUGAAGCUGUGAGAGGCAAUGGUUACCAAGGUGACAUCGCUCUUGAUGAUAUAUCAUUUACAAACUCUCCAUGCUUGAUUCAACCACCAACAGCAGCCACAUCAGCAAUGCAAACAACUUACUAUCCAUCAACUGGAUCCACUACCCCACCCACAGUGCCCCCAUCUAGACUGGACUGUACAUUUGAGAGAGAUUUCUGUCAGUGGGCACAAUCUAAAGAUGAUAAAUUUGACUGGACAAGGGCCACUGGUCCUACUUCAUCAGGACAGACAGGACCUUCAGUAGAUCACACACUUGGAACAGCUCAAGGUCAUUAUGCUUUCAUUGAGACAUCAAGUCCAAGACGACUUAAUGAUACUGCUAGACUAAACAGUCCAUCUAUUCCUCCACGUGCCAACGCUCAAUGCCUGAGAUUCUGGUACCACAUGUAUGGACCCGAUGUCAAUACACUAAAUGUAUAUGCCAAAUUUGGGAGACAGAUUGGAACUCCAGUCUGGAGCCAUACUGGAACUAUCAACAAUCAGUGGCAUUUCCAAACUGUUGAUAUAACAAGCACACAAGGAGCUUCCUUCCAGAUAGUGUUUGGGGGAGUAAGAGGGACAAGUUACCGUGGUGAUAUAGCCAUUGAUGACAUUUCAUUCUCCACUCAACCAUGUCAACAAGCACCUGGAGCUAAGUGUGACUUUGAGCUUGGUCUAUGUGGUUACACUCAGGUUAAGACUGAUGUAUUUGAUUGGUCAAGAUCUGUCGGGGGCACCUCGUCUUCUGGAACAGGACCUCGCAAUGACCAUACAUAUGGUACCAAUAGAGGUCAUUACAUGUAUAUUGAAGCAAGUUCACCUCGUCGUAGAGGAGACGCAGCACAACUUCUCUCCCCUAGUUACUCUUUAUCUAGAGGAGGCUGUCUUAACUUCUGGUACAAUAUGAAUGGUGCAAGUAUGGGAACACUAAAUGUAAUUCUUAGACAGGGAACAAGACCACAACGAAUCUGGACCAAAACUGGAAACCAGGGAAUUGCCUGGCAACUGGCACAAGUUACAAUUCCACAAAGUUCUAACUAUACAUUAAUGUUUGAGGGCAUUGUAGGCACUGGUUACCAGAGUGAUAUGGCAAUUGAUGAUAUUUCUAUAAUAAGUGGAGGAUGUACAUUACCAGGUAAUUGUAACUUUGACGAUGGCACUAUGUGUACAUGGACCAAUCUAAGAACAGAUGAUUUUGAUUGGCUGAUAGGAAAUGGAGGGACGUCAAGCAAAUAUACAGGACCACAGAAUGAUCACACCCACAAUGAUAACACAGGGAAGUAUAUAUUUAUCGAGGCAAGUGCUCCUCAAGUAAAGGGAGAUACAGCACAUGUUACAACCCAGCAGUUUAAUCCAACAACUGGUAGUUGUAUGAACUUCUGGUACCACAUGUAUGGUUCUGGUAUUGGUCAGCUGUCAGUAUAUCUGGUUACCGGCACAACAAACCAGACAUUGUGGAGGCUUACCGGCGGCAGUCAAGCACAAGCCUGGCAAAAUGGUCAAAUUGGAAUUAAAAGUAGCAAACCGUACAGGGUUGUAAUAGAAGGUGUUAGAGGAAGCUCAUAUCUUAGUGAUAUGGCAAUAGAUGAUAUCUCAUUUACAGCAUCUUCCUGUUCAAUAAGUCCAGUAGCAGCUAAUCCAAAUGGACAAACAACAGUGUCAACAACACCAGGUUCUGUUACCACAGUUACUGUUGGCUCAACACCAACUUUAACAAAAUAUGACUGUAACUUUGAGCAAGGAUUUUGUAUGUGGGCCCAAUCUCCAGAUGAUAACUUUGACUGGACAAGAACACAAGGACCAACAGGUUCCAAAUCUACUGGGCCAACAAAUGACCACACAACUGGAAAACCCAAUGGUUGGUAUAUCUUUAUUGAAACAUCUGCACCACGCAAGCCAAAUGACACGGCCAUACUUCAGAGCCCUGUCAUACGCGAGACUCAAACCCGCUGUCUGAGCUUCUGGUACCAUAUGUACGGUACCCAUGUCAAUACACUUCUAGUCUACCUGAAGUCAAGUACUGUACAAGGUCUUGGAACCAAUAUUUGGAAACAAACUGGUAACCAAGGGAACAAGUGGAUACUUGGGGAAGUUACAAUAGCACUAUCUUCACCUAGCUACAAGGUUAUAUUCCAAGCUCUACGAGGAAUCAGUUACCGUGGUGACAUUGCUCUAGAUGAUAUCAGAAUGUCUUUAGGAGCUUGCAAACAAGCAGCUAUGACUUGUGACUUUGAGCAGAGCUCAAUUUGCAACUACGUACAGGACCAAUCUGACACACCCAACUUUGACUGGACUUGGAAAUCUGGUGGUACUGGCUCAGCCAGUACAGGACCACCUUCUGAUCACACUACCGGAACCCGAACUGGACAUUAUAUCUACAUUGAAACAUCAGCACCAAGGCAACCAAAUGACACUGCUAGAAUUCCUACACCAAACUACACACCACAGAGUUCAGCCCCUGUGUGUGUCAAGUUUUGGACACAUAUGUUUGGAGUUGAUGUCAACACACUGAAUGUAUAUCUUGUUAACAGUCAACAGCCCUCUAAGAGAAACCUAAUAUGGACACGUUCACUAAACCAGGGUAAUGCAUGUAGACAAGCAGCUGUCACUGCUAACCCUAGUGGUCAAUACAAGAUUGUGUUUGAAGGAAUUAGAGGAAAAGGUUACCAUGGUGAUAUAGCAAUAGAUGAUGUCUCUAUCUCAAAUGGGGCUUGUAGUGGACAAGGAGACAAAUGUGACUUUGAGAAAGAUGCAUGUUUCUGGAAGAACAUAAACCAAGGGGAUGAUUUUGAUUGGUUAAAAUCUCGUGGGAAAACAGGCAGUUCAUUUACUGGACCAAGUACAGAUCACACACAAGGAACCAACUCUGGAUACUACAUGUUUAUUGAAACAAGUGCCCCUAGGGUUAAAGGUGACAAGGCAAGGCUGAUCAGUAAGGUUUAUCCACCGUCAGGACCAAAAUGUUUCAACUUUUACUUCUACAUGUAUGGUGCUGACAUUGGAUCUCUCAAUGUUUACGUUCUGACCAACGCCUCAUCAUCAGCUUUCUCCUCGGAAGCAUUGAAAUGGACAAUGUCUGGAGAGAAUCCAAACAAUUGGGAGCAGGGAUCAUUCAAUCUCACUUCCCAGUAUACAUCAAACCCAUAUGAGAUAAUAUUUGAAGGAAUUAGAGGGAAGGGUUAUAGAGGAGACAUUGCUAUUGAUGAUACAGCAUUAGUUGAUGGUGGAUGUACACAAUUUCCAGAUAACUCUCAACCAAGUAAAUCAUCACUUGGAACAGUCACAUGUAACUUUGACUCAGAUUACUGUCAAUGGAUUCAAAGCACCACUGAUCAGUUUAACUGGUCACGCAUCAAUGGCUCUACCUCCAGCCAAGGUACCGGUCCUCUAGGAGACCAUACUAGUGCUGGUCAAUCAGGGUAUGGGACAGGAUCAUACAUUUAUAUAGAAGCGUCUGGGCGACACACACCUGGUGACAAAGCUGAUUUGAUGACUCAGAUCAUACCUAGCACUUCUCCACAGGGCAGAUGCUUUUCCUUCUGGUAUCAUAUGUAUGGUGGAUCUAUAGGGAAAUUAAACAUCUACAGUAUAUCAGGGGGACAGCAGACAUUACUCUGGACGAAAUCUGGUACUCAAGGAAACAAAUGGCAACAAGCAAGUCUUAACUACGUCAGUAAAACUGAUUUUAAGAUGAUGAUAGAAGGAACAACAACAGGUGGUUACCGUGGUGAUAUAGCUGUAGAUGAUGUAUAUCUAGAGUCAGUACCCUGUUCACAGUCAAUUGUUAUCACAAAGACAAAGACCUGCACAUUUGAGUCUGGACUUUGUGGUUGGACACAGGACACAACAGAUAACUUUGAUUGGACACUAAAUGGCAACAAGACAACAAGUUCAGGAACAGGUCCAACCACUGACCACACCUUCCAAACUGGACAAGGACAUUAUUUGUAUAUUGAGGCAUCAGCUCCAAGGAAGACGGGAGACAGGGCACGUAUAAUGACACCCAGCUAUCCAGCCACCAAUGGAGAGUGUGUCCAGUUUUACUAUCACAUGUAUGGUACAGGUAUGGGGAAACUCAUCGUUCAUACUAUGUCUAAUGGUCAGAUAACUGGAGACGUCUUAACUAUCUCUGGUAACCAAGGAAACAAGUGGAUUCGUGGAACAGCAACAGUUCAAAGUUCGAUUUCAUAUCAGCUUGUAUUUGAAGGAAUCAGAGGGACUACAUUCUCUAGUGACAUUGCCAUUGAUGAUUUCAAAGUCACUUCUGGGCCAUGUGCAGCCCCAGCAUCAUGUAACUUUGAGAAAGAUCUCUGUGGUUUUACAAAUGUUGUAGGUGAUCAGUUUGACUGGACAAGAGAUAAUGGAGGUACCCCUUCAUCAACAACAGGGCCUCACAAUGAUCAUACUACCAAUUCUGCUGCAG